GAAUAACGAAUACAAAUGAAGAGUUUUGAACAAAAAAGUUUUGUAUCUCUAACCGUAAUCGGUUAUCGGUUUUAAAGAUUUAUUUAGGAAGUUCUAAAUUUAUUUUCUUCAAAUUUUUGGAAAGUUUGAAGGGACAGAAUUUGAUUUAUUUAUUAUUUGAUAUGGCUCCUCCUGUUUGGGCAUAUCAAGUCGAUAACUUUAUCCCUCCUCCUGACGAAGAACUGGUUUGUAGUAUUUGCCAAGCAAUUUUCUGUGAUCCAGUUCAGUCUCCAUGCAACCAUGUUUUCUGCAGAACUUGCAUUGCAAAGUGGCUCGAAACCAACAGGAACUGUCCGAUAUGCCGCAAGAGGACCACACGCACAACCUUACAAGAAGUUGUCCCCAUAGUUAAAAACAUGAUAAUGAAACUUAUACUCCGUUGUCAUAAUUCAGAAAGAGGCUGCAAAGCUAAGUUUCCAUUAGAAAGCUGUGAGUCCCAUGUCAAGGAUUGUCCGUAUGAAUUAGUACAAUGUAAAAACAAACCCUGCAAGCAAAUGUUUGUUAGGAAAGAUAUCAAAGAUCACGAGACAAACUCUUGUUUUCACAGUGUCGUUCGAUGCGAUUCCUGUAGGUUAAAGGUAUCCUGUCGCAGUCUUCUUACUCACAAUUGCGUUGAUGAGUUGAGGGUAAGACUUAAAGGAAAAGAUGAAAAAUUAAAAGAGUAUCGGGAGAAAUUAAAAAAAUUAAAAGAAGAAUUAAAAAGCAUCAGAGAAAGUGAAGAUUUUACUUCAGAUUCUUCAAUUGUAAGCAUUUCCCCUACUGAAAUACUUUUUAAUUUCACAGAGAAUUCAAAUCUGUCAGAAUUUAGUUCAAUUUCUUCGGAUGAUUCAACAAACCAACAAUCUGAUGAGUCAGAAGCAAAUUGGUCGAGUCCUCGUCCAACAAGAGAAAGUAUGAUGUUUGAAUUGGAGCAGUUGCAGGAACGUAUUAAUGACCAUUUUGGACAAAUAAGAUCUGCAGCCAAUGAACAAGCGGAAGAUAAUAAUUCAAGCAUCGAAUAUCCUCGUGCUUCAAGUCCAGCAUCUCUCGAGGAUUCGAGUGUUUUGGCUGCUGAGCCCGCUGAGGUUUUUGUUGAAGAAGAGCCCGAAAGUAUCGUCAGGCCUGCGAAGCGAAGACUCUUGACUCAAAUUUUAGAUUCAACAGAUGAAGAGGAACAAUUAGAAGCAGCUCCCCAACCUUCACGUAAAAGGACUUUCCAACAUCUAAAUAAGGUUGAUUCCACUUCAGGUAAUAAUAUAGAGCCUGUUGCUGGACCAAGUUACAGAUCAUCUAACAUUACAGAUUCCAGCACCUCAAACAAUGACAGCUCUCCUUCUAAUCAAAGCAGCAGGUUUAAAUUACGACCGAAGCUAAAGUCUCGAUGUGCCGACCGACGAUCUAUGCCUAUGAAUGAUGUCGCCAGCCCUACGGCUCCAAAUGGAAGUAUUGUAUUUGAAAGAACCCGGUCAUUGCUAGAACAAUAUAAUUUAGAAUCUGAUCCUGAAUGGCUUCCGCCGACUGCACUCGAAGAUGAUUCAAGCGAUAGCAAUUUGUAUGAAUUUCGAAGACCUGCCACAAGUACUGAUGAUUCUUCAAGUUCCUAUGAAUCUGCGAGUUCUUAUGAAGAUGGUGCAGUGGGUAGAACAAGCGACUUAUUAAACAGUUUUUAUGCAAGCAGUGACUCAGACGAAUGGCUACCACCUGGUUAUUAAGAGAUUUACUUAUAAUUGAAUUGUAUAUUUUGUUUUCUACAGUAGUUUUCAAAAUAAUUUCUGUGUUUGUAUAACUUAUAAAUUCAUUUUCUUUUGUCCUUUUUUGAUUGCAAAUAAAAGUUUUAAACUUGAA